AUUGAAAUUUGGAAUAUUUCGUACCAUUCAUUUCCGGUUCACUGUCUAUCGCAUAUAUACUAUAUAUAUGUAUAUAUACAUAUAUAUAUAUAGACAGCAUAAAUAUACAAUAUAUGUAUAAAGAUACAUAUAUACAUGUAUAUAUAUAUAAGUAUAUUUGUCUAUGUAAAUGCCUAUAUUAAUUAAGGGCGUUUACAUCCUUGGUAAUGUGAUUGUUAGAGUAAUCUUUAACGUUGAAUUUUAUAGUUUUUAAAAAUUGACGAUGGCCUCCUCCACUUUUUACGAGAAAGAUACGGAAUUUACUGAAGAUGAUACUAAUGAUCUUGAACAAUCGAUGCCUGUAACCGAAGUGCGCUUGUGCCAUGUUAAUAAUGUCCUAUUAAUGAAUCCUUAUAAGAAAUACGCAAUUGAAAGUGUUAAAGGAGGCACACUUUGCUUAACUAACCAUCGUUUGGUGUUUAUAUUGGAUCGUUAUUACGAGAUGGUAAAUGUUCCAGAUUGUGUUAUAAGAAAUUCAAUCUAUCACUCUCUUUCAAUUAUGCUUCCAAACAUAUUAGAAAUGUAUGAAAUGUCUAGAAGCUAUAAAACUGUGAAAAAGCUAAGUCAGUACGGAAGAACGCCGAAAUACGUAAAACGUCUCCAAAUUGUUUGUAAGGAUUUUAAUACUAUAUUCCUCUCUUUCGAAAAACAUUCCACAAAAGCUGAUAGAAAGAAUUGCGCCGAUUUGAUAGCUGGCCUACUAACUUAUGCUUUUCCAACAAAAAUUGAAAAUACGCUUGUGUUUAAUGAAUUUAUUCACUAUAAUACGCGUAAUUCGUAUUUGAAAGAGGAUAAUGAUAAAUCCGUUCAUUCUUUUGCCCAAUUUAGAGAAUCAAAAAAUAUUAAUAAUGAAAUAGCAAGAGAUAAUAUAUUAACAACUAGCCUUGUUAAUGAUCAAGUAACGAAUCAAGCUGUUUUAAAACAAUCCAAUGAAAUGUCCGAUGGACCAAAUUAUAAUUUCAAAUUAUUUUAUUCAAUAGACGAUUGGAGAGAUGAAUUAAAUAGAAAUCAUGCUACAGUUUUUUUCAAUGUGCAAAAUAAUCGAGAUUCAGCAGUUUUUAGUGGAUCUAAAUUCUUUUUAUGUCCUCACGAACAAAGAACAUCGAGUGGUAGAGGUUUACCUCCAAAUAUUAAAUUAAAAUUAACGGCUAAUUCGCAAAUGCCGACGUUUUGUUUCUAUUUUACCGAAAAUGCUAAUAUUUUCGGCGGUGGAAUGUUACGUUCAACUAAUAAUAAUCGUAGAAAUAUGGAAGAACACGUUAGAAUUCUAUUGUAUCAUUUAAACAGAGGUGAAAAAAAGGAAUUGCUUUGUUAUCAAAUUGAAGAUAUGAAAUUACCGAAUAUUGAACAAUUAACAGCAUCGAUUGAAAUUAUUAGAAAAACUUGCUUUCCUAGAAGGAAGAAGUUGAAAGCUAGAGACGCUAAUUUUCUUUCGAUUGUUGAAAAAAGCGAAUGGUUGCUCUAUGUUAAUAUUUGUUUGAUAACAGCUGAAAAACUAGCUAACGAUGUUAAAAAUGGGAAAUGGAUAUGGUUAACCGAAGAGAAUCCUGUUGAUCUUGUCCUAUUAAUAUCCUGUUUAGCGCAAGUCUUCCUAGAUCCUUAUUGCCGUUCGAGAAAAGGAUUCGAAGAACUUAUACAGCGCGAAUUCGUAUGCGGUGACCAUCCUUUCGCAGAUCGCCUAGCCACAUUAAAUACAUCCCCCCGGCAUAUUCAGCCUGUUUUUCUUCUUUUCCUGGAUUGCGUUGUGCAAUUAGCGAAAUGCUAUCCGCAAUAUAUUGAGAUGACUGAAUACUACCUUAUUACCCUGUGGGAGGUGGCAUGUUCUGGAUUAACUUCAACUUUCGCUGGUAAUUAUGGUAUACAUCGUGAAAAGAGUCAAGCAGAUCCAGCUUGGGCUUGGAAGUAUAAUACAGAGUUGUUCUCUAGUCCAUCAUAUGUGACACAACUCUGUUUCGGGGCUAUUUUAAAUUACGAACCCCCUCCUAAGGUUCUCCAAGCUCCUACACCUUUAGAUUUUUGGAGAGAAUGCUUCUUUAGAUUUGUACCUUAUAUGACCAUAGAGCAAGGUGAUUAUAUUUCAAAAUUUCUAGCAGAAGCGAAUCUUGUAAAUAGCAUUAGAGAUGAAUUCUGUCAACUAGUUGAGGUUGGACUUCUUGAUAAAUUUGAUGAUAGUAUUCAACCGAAAAGAUACACAAUCGUUGACGAGUUAAGGGCAUGCAAAAAAUCUGUAGUUUCCUCUGCAUUUCCAUUUUAUGUUCCAAAACAAAUAGUCGGUAUGGAAGAAGAAGAAUUUAGUGAUAUGACGAGUAGAGACGACCAAUUAAGCUAUAGUACCCAACUACUCGAUAACAAUACCAGACUAUAAGGCAAGCAUUUUGUAAAAGUCAAAAAUAUUUGGAGUAUAUGCAUUUUAAAUAUUUACAUUUAUUAUUCACAAACCUGCAAUAAUCUAAAUAAGAAACAAAAACAAACAAAAAAACUGUUCAAAGCAAGCCAUGAUUAGGAAUAGGAACAAGUUAUUUUAUUCUUUUCAAUUGUUAACUUGUAUAUGUUUAAUUAUUAAUAUCGAAAAAUUAAUAAUUAUUAAGCAUCCUUCUUCCUCUUUUCUAUGAAACUUUUAACUCUUUUUAUCCCCUAAAACAAUAAUGUUUUUAUUUAUUCUUAUUUGUACGAAAAGUUUCAUUUUUUUUGUUUUUAUUAUGAUCUUAUAUGCUUUUUUUGUGUUCUCUUUCGUUUUGCUUCGCUAUACAGUAUAUACUGUAUAUAGCAGUGUAUGUUAUUCUUCAAAUAUACAGUACAUCAUAUUCAAAAUUUAAAUUUUGUACGAUAAUUAAAGAUUUGAGGAUAUUUGUUACUUGAUUAAUAGAUAGAAAGGUCGAAGAUAACUUUUAUAAACGGAAAGUAGAAUGAGAGACAUUGGCAUCGAGUCAUCCGCCAGAAAGAGUAAUCAGGUUUCGG